CGAAAGGGGUUGAAGUACUAAAGGAAAAUAAGAAAAAUCAAACCUUAAUUGGGUAUCCAAUUAUGAAUUCUUAAUCCCAAAUUGCAUGAACAAGCUAAGAAAAAUUUGAAAAAUGGCGCAUCGAUGUUCUUUGUUUUUUCCAUUAAUCUCACUGCAUAUGGCCUUGAUGAUCAUAUGUACACCCAUUAAACCUGCCCCAACCUAUUUAAACAGUAUAUGCCCAAGUAAAACAAUGUUUCUUCCAAAUAGCUCAUUCGAGAUGAAUCUCAAGGCACUAUUUGUUUCUCUCGCCUCAAGUGCUUCCAUAAGUAGUAACAAUUUUAACUAUUCUAUGGCUGGCCACAAGGCACAUGAUACUGUUUACGGUCUCUUUCUAUGUCGCGGGGACUUAAACUCGACAUCUUGCAAAGAUUGUGUGGUUGCUGCCAUUGUGGCUUUACAACGAUCAUACUGUCCUUUGAAGAAAGUGGCUCUGAUAUGGUACAACGAGUGCCUAGUAAGAUACUCCAAUGAGUCCUUAGGCGGAAAAAUGGAAGACUCACCAAAACUUGUCAUUGCAAAUAGGCUUAACAUAAUUGGGAACCAGGAACAUUUUGCAGAGUUAUUGCAGAAUAUGAUGAUCAAUUUAUCAGUUCGAACUGCAAGUGAUACGAAAAAAUUUGCUAUAAAAGUAGUGAAUUUUCCUAGUUCUCGACAAGUUGUGUAUAUGUUGCAGCAGUGUACUCAAGAUUUAACAACUGAUGAUUGUACUUUAUGCCUAAACAUCGCCAUCCGUCUGCUUACAGUCAGAAUUGGUGGGAGAGUUUUGCUGCCUAGUUGUAAUGUUUGGUAUGAAACCACCCUGUCUAAUUCAAUGUCCACUAGUUCAAAAGGAAAUGAUCAAUUAACAAUCAAGGUGAUGGUUGUGACCCUUCUUCCACUAGCUUCAAUCAUGAUAGCACUUCUUGCUCUCUGCCUUAUGAUUCAGAAAUCCAAGAAAUCUAAUGAUGAUGAUGAUGAAAAUGGGCAAGACAUGGUUACCGUAGAAUCCUUGCGAUAUGAUUUUAGUACACUUCAAAAUGCAACCAACAAUUUUUCAGAUGAUAAUAAAGUAGCUGAAGGUGUAUAUGGUUGCAUUUAUAAGGGGAAACUGUCAAGUGGCCGAAAAGUAGUAGUGAAGAGGUUGUCUAAACGAUAUGAACAAAACGAGCAAGAAUUCAAGAUGGAAGUAUUGUCACAGGCCAAAGUGCAGCACCGGAAUUUGGUGGAGUUCAUUGGAUUUUGCUUAGAAGGGGAAGAAAAGCUACUAGUACAUGAAUAUAUUCCUAACCUGAGUCUCCACUAUUUUCUUGUUGACCCUGAAAGGCGCAAACAUUUGGAUUGGAAUACACGGUACCAUAUUUUAUGUGGCAUUGCAAGGGGACUGCUUUAUCUUGAUCAAGAUUCUAGGCUAAGAAUAAUACAUUGUGAUCUUAGACCCUUGAACAUCUUGUUGGAUGCGGGAAUGAACGCUAAAAUUUCACAUUUUGGCCUAGCAGUCACUUCAGAAACUCAGCGACAAAGAGAGACAUUUUUUGUGUCAUAUGGACACAUGUCAACAGAAGAGACAAUACAGCAUGAAUUCUCUAUUAAAUCCAAUGUAUUUUGCUUUGGUGUGUUACUUUUGGCGAUUAUUGGUAGCGAGAGGUACACUAAUUUGACUAAAUUCUUCAAACUAAAUGAUGCAGAGAAUCUUCUAAUCCAGGCUUGGAAGGAAUGGAGAGAAGGGACACCCCUCAACUUCUUGGAUCCAACACUCAUGGAUUCACGCUGGAGUGGUGAAGCGUUAAGAUGUAUGCAUCUAGGGUUGUUAUGCGUUCAAGGAUCUCAAGAUGACAGACCAACAAUGGCAUCGGUUGUUUUCAUGUUACAACACGGCUCCAAGGUAACUCUUCAGCCACCUGAAGAGCCCGCGUUCUUCUUCCUGUGUGAUGCAAAACCAAAAACUAGUAUUAGUAAAGAAGGAGCAAACACAAUCCCCUGUACUAUAAAUACUGCAUCAAUCUCGAAACUUCAACCAAGAUAAGCUUGCUGAUUAUCUACAAUAUAUAGUUAUAUACACAAUGAGAAGGGGGGAGUAUGUAUAGAGUGUAUAGCGUUACUUCCCUUAACGACUGAUUUGUUCAUAUAUGUAAAGUUUUGUAAAAUGUGCAUUUUUUUUUCCUCUGUUUUUAGAGUUAGACAUUGUUAGUAGUACUAAAUUCAGAAUAUGCAACACAUGUUUCUAGAAUUCUAUGGUUUACACAAUUAGCAGUUCAUUUUAUAUAUUAUAUUGCCUUUGCCUACAUCCCCUCUUGUGUAAA